AUGAGUCAUAAUAUAAGAAGCUCAAGGUCUCGGUCUCGUAGCCCACUCAGAAGUAUCCCACUCUUUCCACUGAUCUUAGCAAUCCCAAAAUCAAUUAUAAACGCUGACUUCAUAAAGCUUCAAGAAAAAUUGGCAUCAAAAUGCGAGGUGGAUCGUCUCCACUUGGCAUCAGAAACAAACUUGCCAAACUUCGAUGAAGGCUUCCUCUACAUCUAUGGCCCAUCUCUUAAAGGAAAAAUCGAAAUCCUUAAAUCAAUUCUUUCAGAAAUUCAAAGAAUUAUUGACAGGCCCACUUUGGAACUAAAAAUUCUGAUCCCUGAUAAUUUAAUUGAAGCUCUUACAGGCAAAGGCGGGAAAUUAUUAAAUAAAAUCCAAACAAAUUCACAUGCAACAAUCACGAUUGUUGAAGAAAUAAAAAACCUCAGAGAGCGUCUUAUAAAAAUUGAAGGCAGAUCAGCUGAUGUAGAAUUGGCGAUUAAAGAAGUUUAUAGGCUUAUUGUAGAAAGAAAAUCAAAUUCUGAGCCAAAAUCAGUUCUCGACAAAACUUCAGCGAAAUUUGUAAUUCCUGGGGAAUGCGUUGGAUACUUGAUAGGGAAAAAUGGAUUAUUUACCAAGAGGCUUAAGGCGGAUUAUGACGUAGAAAUAAAAAUUGUGAAAAAUGAAGGACUGCCUUGUAAGGACAAUGAACACAUUGCGGUAAGAAAUUAUUCAGAUGUUGUUAGGGAAAUAUCGCUAUGUGAAGACUGCGAUUGAAAUUGUUGUUGACAAAAUUCUAGAAGCAAUAGAGACUACAUGCAGCCCAAUUUCUGAUUUGCUGGUAAGAAUGCUUAUACCUACUCAAAUGGUAAAAGAACUGAUUGGCCCACAAGGAUCAAUAAUUAAAGAAAUUUCCAAAAAAUCAGGAGGAGCGAAGAUUAAGGUCAUGUGUGACACUGAGACCGAAAAAAUGCAGGAUUUCACAAUAGUUACAAUCGAUGGCUCUAGAGACUUAAAGCAAGAGGCAGCAAUAAGAAUUUAUGAAGUUAUCAGCAGAGGUCAUAAACCUUCAAGCCCUUCUUCUAGAAGAAGCCGUGGAUACUCUCCAUCUCCACCAACUGAUAAUGUCAGCAUUUUCGUCACAGUUCCUGAUGCUCUUGUGUCAAGAUUAAUAGGAAGAAAUGGAGACAAUGUGAAAGGAAUGAUGAGUCGAUCAAGAAGCCAAAUGUCAUUCCAAAAACAGCCUUCAACUGAAUUAAAAACCCCAGAAAAUGAUAAAGCGAGACUUUGCACUUUUACAGGAAGCAGCUCUAGCAUAGCUCGAGGAAUAAAGACUUUACUAGACCAAAUUAUAAAAUUAGAAAGCGGAAGAUAUGAUUAG